AUGACACACAGACCGGAAUUUAUUUCUUCGAUCACGGCGAAUCAGAUGGUCUUGGAAACUAAAAAGGGGGCAACAAAGGAAGUGGUGGUGACAAUGGCUGCACUGGUUCAUCAAAAACCGUAUCUGGUGCUGAUGGUGUUGACUACUGGAAACUCAGGCGGUGAAGAAAAAAGCGGGGCAAGUGGUGGAGCUGGUGUGAAUUCGUCUGGUGGUAAAUCUGGAAAGGGAGGUGGAAGAAGUACUAACGCUGGUGAUGGUGGUGGGGAAAGUAUUGGAAGGGGAGGAUUUUCAGUUACUAUAUCUGGAGGUGAUAGCCAUGGAAAUGCUGGUGGUUGUAUAUCUGAAUCAGGGGGUGGAGGGGAAGGAACAAGUGGUGGUGGAAAUAUGAUAGGUAUGGGUGGGGGCAGGAGCAGUGGUGGUGGCGGAGAAGGAACCAAAGGUGGUGGAGGGGAUGGCGGUGGUGGCUGUGGCGGAGAAGGCGGUGGAGGUGAAGGAGAAGGAAUUAUAAUUGGUGGUGGUGGAAUUAUUAUUGGUGGUUGUGGGGAAGGUAGCAAAGGAGGCGGUUGCGCUAUUGGUGGCGGAGGUGGGAGCUGGGGAAUUGGGGGAGGAGGAGAAGACACAAAUGGCGGAAGUGGCGGCGGAUUACGAUGGGGAGUCGGCCGGAAGGGGUUGUCUGGGGAAGGAGAGGUUGGAAAAGGCCAUUGGCCACAAGUUCCAAAGAGUACUACUUCUGCUUCUGCUUCGUCUUCUGCUUCUAUUGCUGGUUCUCUUUUCUUCUUCUUCUUUGCUAAUUUGGUGCAUGUCUUUGGGAUGUGA